AUGCUUUGGGCAGCUGCAUUACUCCUGUUCUCAGGUAAUGCCGUUGCAGAGCGUCAUGACUCGGAUUUGUUGUCGUUUGUGACGCUUCCUGAGGUCCGAGCCUUAAAAUGGGAGGUUGAAUACCACGACCGCGAGCGGUUGGCCCCCGGUUACUGGUUCGUUGCGCCAUAUGGGAAAAUCUCCCCAGAUCAACCCACCCUGAAAUAUCAGCAAUACCAAGUCGGACCCUACAUUUACGACGACAGUGGCGUCCUUAUCUGGGCCGGAGCACCCUUGUACGACAAUCAUAAUGUCUUCGAUUUCAAGCCGGUGUAUAACAUUGACAACGACCCUUAUCUGUCGUUCAUCGUGGGCUGGGAAUUCGAUGAUUCCAAGAAGGGCCACGGCGCGAUUGUAAACCACCAUUACGAGGUGGAAAAAGAGGUCCAGGCUCUGAGUGAUGUCCACGACUUCAACAUGCACGAAUUCAACAUUAUGGACGGUGGGAAGACUGCCCUGGCUUGCACAUAUCGUGUCCAGCUCAUCAAUUUGGCUGAUUUCGGACGCCCAACGGAAGAGAGUUAUGUCACGGUUGGUGGGUUCGUUGAGGUGGAUAUCGAAACCAGCAAGGUUCUGUUCCAGUGGGAUUCAUUCGACAAGGUUGCUCUGCACGAAUCCAACAUGUUCCAUGCCUCGGAUCACCCAGCUGGAUCGCCCGGUUGGGAUUACGUACAUAUCAAUGCGGUCGACAAGAACAAGGCCGGUGACUACCUAAUCUCAUUGCGCUUCACAGAUACCAUUUACUUGAUUUCUGGCCAGGAUGGAAACAUCGUGUGGCGCUUAGGUGGACACGAAAGCGACUUCGAGCAGGACUUCACCUUCUCCAAGCAGCACGAUGUCAAGUUUGUCUCAUCGAACGGCACUCACCACGUUAUCUCAUUCCUAAACAAUGCCUCCGACGAACGUGGCUCUGACGAGAGGGUCUCCUCCGUUUUGUUCAUUGAGCUAGACACAAGUGUUGUCCCUAUGACGGCCAAGGUGAUUAAGCGAAUCAAUCGCCCCGAUAGUGGCCUCACCCGACUCCGUGGUAGCGCUCGCCCCCUUCCUAACGGCAACGUCUUUAUCGGGUGGAGCGAGCGCGGUUACUCGAGCGAGCACGCAUCAAACGGCGAACUUCUAAUGACCGCCAGGUUUGCAUCAGACCGAUACUCAACUUACCGCUCUUACAAGGGCGAGUUCACUGGUCGACCCACCGCGCCUCCCGAUCUAGUCGCAUCCGUCUACGGUACCCACGAUGAGGAUAUGACGACCAUCAUUCACGUCAGCUGGAACGGCGCGACGGACGUCGUCCAGUGGAAGUUCUACGCGCAGGCCUACGACCGCGGCCAGCCCGUGCUCAUCGGCACUAUCAACAAAACCGACUUCGAGACCAUGUUCAUCGCCGAUGGCUAUAUGGAUUUUGUUUCCGCGGAGGCCAUCGAUGCCGAGGGCAAUGUCAUGCACACUUCUGAGAUCAUGCGCACUCAAUCCCCAUCCGACUGGAAAGCGGCUGGCUGGGUCGGUUCUGACUCUGGUCCUACUUAUGAUGACCCGUCAAUCAUUGUCGCUGCCAACGCUCACACGGAUUCGACGGCUGAGAGUACCAGCGACGAAGCGGCCGAAUUGAUCAACGACAGUACCUCCACCGUCUCCGGCGAUCAUUCAAGCGCCCAAUACGCCGAUGCGAAGGAGGUCGCCAAGGCCGUCUACAAGGCCUACGAGGUCAUCCGCGGAGUCGGCGCUCUCCUUAUCUUCAUCCUUUUAGCUGGCACUUUAGGUGGAACUGGAUUCGCUCUCUGGCGACAUGUCCGCGCCGGCCAUUUCGGCCGCUACCAGCACGUCCCCUCUGAGGAGGGUCUCCCCGUGGAAGAAAUCCGUCUCACUUCCAACCCGCAGUCUUGA